AAGAAAGAAGUGGAGGUACCGCCAUGUUUGCGAAUGGAGUGUCUGUCGCGCAUUGUCUGUAGAUACUGUGUUGCCAGGUUCCGUUUCGCAGCACCACGUCUUUUAGCUCACUUUUCUCACAAUUCGCUCCCGCAGUUUUAGAGACGCCUUGCGUGUGGAUGCGGCCGAGACGACAGCUUCAUUCAUAGUAAGAGGACUGGCAGCACACCUGGGUGACGCCAUGCACCAUGGCAGUGGAGCUCAGAACAUGCAGCGGCAACUUCAGCGCUCCAAGUCAUUCACAAAUUCUGAGGCAGAUGAGCAACCCCCUGCGGUGCCACAACAGCAGCAGCAGGCGUCAGUCAACCUUCCCCAGUCCCCGGCAACUUCAUUCGCACCUGCUGCGAGCCCCUCUGCCCCACAGUCACCCAACUACCAGAUCAUCAUGAGUCGCAGCCCUGUUACAGGGGCUAACAUGAACAUCACGCUGCAAAAUGUGGGCACUAUGGUGCCAGGUGGGCAGCAGCAGAUCACGCUCACCUCGCUGCCCCUGCAGAGCCCCGCCUCGCCAGGCUUCCAGCACUCUGCACCGCAGUGGCGCUUUGAGCAAUGCUCCUCUUCCUACAUCCAGGUGGCAUCACCUCUGCCACAGCCUGUUCAACCACAGAGCCCCACCCAGCACAGCCCAGCAACCCUGACAGGUGUGCAGCGAGCAGCGCCCACCGCCGGAGUGGGUGUCUGUGGCCAGAGCCCACCCCGCUUUGUGGAUGCCGGUGUGCUCGUGCGACAGAUUGGCCUGGGCAGUCCUACUGGCGGCAGCCACUUUGUGUAUCAGGACGCAGGUGGACUAGCACAGCUUGCACCCGCCACGGUGCCUAUGGCAUCACCUGGUACCCCAGGCUCAGUUCGAGAGCGCCGUCUUUCCCAGCCUCACUCCCAGACGGGUGGCACUAUCCACCACUUAGGCCCGCAGAGCCCUGCGGCCAGUGGAACCACCCUGCCUGCGCUGGGUAGCCCUGGCCACAUCACCACCUCAAAUCUACCACCCCAGAUAAGCAGCAUCAUCCAGGGCCAGCUGGCACGCCCUAUGGUGUACGACAAGACCUCACAGGGUAUGGUGACUGGGGUCGGGCCAUCUGCGGCAGCGGGAACCUUUGGUCUGCCAUCCUCCAUGCCUCCAUCUAGUCCGUCCCGUUCCAACCCACCCCAGGGCAUUCAGAACCCUCCUCUUGCACCUGCCGGUGCAGCUACCGCAUGUGUUAAGAAGCAGCCCAAGAAGCUGGAGGAGAUUGCACCUGCGAGCCCGGAGGUGGCCCAGUUGAGGAAGCAGUGCCUGGAUCAUCACACCAAGAAAAUGGAGAGCCUGAAGGAGGUCUUCAAGGAGUACCUGGUUGAGCUCUUCUUCCUGCAGCACCUCCAGGGCAACAUGAUGGACUAUUUGGCUUUUAAGAAGAAGCCUUGUGUCCCACUGUUCACCUACCUGCGUCAGAAUGACCUGGACCUGGAGGAUGAGGAGGAAGAAGAGCAGUCGGAAGUCAUCAACGAUGAGGUCAAAGUGGUGACUGGGAAAGACGGUCAAACAGGAACUCCUGUCGCUAUAGCAACACAGCUUCCUCCCAACGUGUCAGCAGCAUUCUCUGCUCAGCAGCAGCAGUUUCAGGCACAUCAGGGAGCCUCAGGUGCUGGAAUCACGAAUCCAGUGGACAUUGAAGCCUUUAAAAGACAGCAGGCUUUGGCCCAAGCAGAUCAGGCUAAGAGGCCCCGGAUUGACGUUGGUCGCCAUGGCAUCAUUUUCCAGCAUCAUGGCGUAACUCCUUUAGGAUCGCCUGGGGUUCCGCUGCAACAGCUUAUGCCGACGGCCCAAGGUGGGAUGCCCCCUACUCCACAAGCAGUGCAGAUUGCGGGGCAGAAGCAGAGCCAGCAGCAGUAUGACCCAUCCAAGGGCCCACCUGUGCAGAAUGCUGCCAGCCUGCACACGCCGCCUCCGCAGCUACCAGCCCGUCUCCCCCCUGGGGCUCUGCCUGUGCCAGGCCUCCCAUUGACGCUGUCCCAGCCGCCACUGCCCGAUACCCAACUGCAGGCCCCUCAGGCAACCGCGCAGCUCCAAGCCCCGGUAAAGGUGCAAGCCAGCGGGCCUCUGCUGGCCCCUGGGAACCCCCAUACUCAACUACAGGCGCAGCUUCAGCAGCAGAUGCAGCCGAGUCUUCAUAUCCAGAUCCAGGCCCAGACUCUGCAGUCACCGCAGGCCCCACUGCAGCCUAGCCAGGCGACUGUGGCUCUUGUUCGUCCCGCAUCGGACCCCACUCAGUCCUGCCAGCGUCUCAUGGCCAAUUCCCUACCACCUUCCACCACACCAUCUGCCCCCCUCAGCACACCAACUUCACUCACCUCCCCACAUCCCUCUGGGCCAGGCCGCCCCGCUUCUUCUACCGUUUCCCCUGUUGCCCAGUCCAAGCAAGCUGCCUUGAAUCCCACCUCUCUGCUGCAGACGGCGGCCCCAGGGCAGACUGUAUGUGGCCAGUUGUCGCAGGAGAGCUCACAGGAUAAACAGGCUGAGCAGGCCAAGCUGGAGAGCCAAGUGCACCAGCGCAUUGCUGAGCUGCGCAAAGAGGGCCAGUGGACAGCCAGUCGUCUUCCCAAGCUCCUUGAGGCGCCGCGCCCAAAGUCGCACUGGGAUUACCUGCUGCAGGAGAUGCAAUGGAUGGCUGCAGAUUUUGCCCAGGAGCGGCGUUGGAAGAUGGCUGCUGCCAAGAAGCUGGUGCGUACCUGUGCCCGUUUCCACGAUGAACAAAAGCGAGGAGAAGAGUGCGCCAAGAGGCAGGAGGAGAUGCACCUACGCCAGAUUGCCGGCACCAUUGCCCGUGAGGUGGAGUUCUUCUGGUCCAACAUUGAGCAGGUCGUUGAAAUUAAGUUACAGCUUGAAGUCUAUGAGAAGAGGUGCAAAGCACUGGGCCUGCAGAGGGCAUCAAAUAAAGGGCAAAACACGAAAUUGACCCGCGCGUCGACGGAGAACGUUGAAGCCGAAUCAUCGCCUUCUGGUAGAAAACGAAAGGCUGGCAUAUCAGUGGCUGAUGAAGUAGAAGAUGAGGAGAGCACCAUUGAGGAGCAGGAGGCAACAGAGGUGUCGUCAGACCAGCAGGCUGAGUUGGCGGAGCUCAGUAAAGAAGCUGAGAUGCCCCUGGAUAUUCUGGUGAAGCAGUAUGCUGGUGCGUAUUCCGAGGACUUCAACUGGCCCCAGCGCCAUGUCCAGAGUGAAGAUGAUGAGAGCGAUGAAGAAAUGGAAGAGCCCCCGUUGGGCGGACCCCACGAGGCGGUGCUGAUCGACUCCCUGCUCAGUGUCGAACAGUACCGGGGCCCAGAGAAACCCUUGUCUCCAGGAGCGGACGGCAAGCCACAGAGGGACAUCGCUGAGGUGGCAGCUGCCACAGAGCUCCUGCUGCCCAAGGGCUUGGCAAGAAUCACCUCGUCUGUGCGCGGUGCAGCCCCCUUCCUGUUGCACGGACCCCUGAGGGAGUACCAGCAGAUUGGUGUCGACUGGCUCAUCAGCCUCCACAAGCGGCGGCUCAACGGCAUCCUGGCGGACGAAACCGGCCUGGGCAAGACGGUGCAGUUGGUGGCAUUCCUGGCACACCUGGCCUGCCAAGAGGGAGUUUGGGGUCCCCACCUAGUGGUGGUGAGGACGUGUAAACUUCUGAGCUGGGAGAUGGAGUUCAAGCGCUGGUGCCCUGGUUUGAAGAUCCUCUUGUACCUCGGAGGAAAGAGGGAGCGUCGCAGAAAGAGAACGUGGUGGUCAGAGCCCAACAGCCUCCACGUAUGUGUGACGUCCUACAAGCUGCUUUUCAAGGACCAGAAGCAUUUCCUCAGGAGGGGGUGGAGUCACCUUGUGCUGGAUGAGGUGCAGCUCAUCAAGGACAUGACUGAGAAACACUGGGACAUGAUCUUCACCCUCAGGAGUCAUCAGAGACUCCUGCUCAUCAACACUCCUCUGCAGAACACCCUGAAGGAGCUGUGGACCAUGGUGCACUUCUUGCUUCCUGGCAUCACACGCCCCUAUCUGGACUUCCCCAUUAAGCCAGGCACGGACCAGAACCAAGACUACUGCCAUAAGCUGGUCAUCCGUCUCCACAGGAUGAUUCAGCCGUUCAUCCUGCGUCGAUCCAAGAGGGACGUCGAGAAGCAACUGCCAAAGAAGUACGAGCACAUCUUGAAGUGUCGGCUCUCGUGCAGACAGAAGAGCUUGUAUGAGGAUGUCAUGACUCAGCCAGGAGCUCAAGAGGCGCUGAAGACGGGCCACUUUGUCAGUGUCCUGCAGGUUCUCAUGCAGCUCCAGCGGAUCUGUAACCACCCGGACCUGGUGCACUCCAGAGAGACAGUGCACACUUAUGUGUGUGCGGCCCUGGAGCACCGCACAGCUUCAGUAGUGCUGGGCGCCCUGGCGCCGGACCCAUGGAAGACAGUGGACUUAACCAUAUUCGACCUGAUCAGCAACGAGAACAAGCUGACACGCUACGAGACGGAGGUACUCCCCAAGCUGAGGGUCACCCAGCAGCUCAUUGAGGAGAUCCACAGCGCUCCGGACCCACCUCCCCGACCCAAGGCCUUCAAGAUCAAACCCAUGAGACUUUUCCAGCCCGUCCAAUACGGCAUGAAGCCAGAGGGCCGAACGGUUCCCAUGACCAGCACCUCUGCUCAGCGGACCCCCACCAGCACCGCUGCUCCACCAACCCCAACUAGCGCGGCCCAGCCUACCCCAGUCAAGAGCAAGACUCCUAGCAGUGGCGCUCAGGGUGGCGACGUGGUGAAGAUUGCCCAGCUGGCCUCCAUCACGGGGGGUCAGGGCCGCAUCUCCCAACCCGAGACCCCCGUCACCCUGCAGUUCCAGGGCAACAAAUUCACACUUUCUCCAAGCCAGCUGCGCCAGCUCACCACGGGGCAGCCACUGCAGCUUCAAGGUACCUUCGGCAACAUCCUGCAGAUCGUGUCGGCCCCUGGUCAGCAGAUGCUACGGCCCCCCAGCUCGGUGGGGAUGCAGGCCGUGCCCCAGGCGCUUCCGGCCCCCAACGCCACUCCCUUGCCCGCUGCUGCUCCCCCGCCCGCCUCUGCAGCCUCAGCUCUUCAAGCUUCUGGAGUGGUAGCAAAGGCCACGGUCACAGCGAAUGUGUUUGGGGACCCAUGGAGCAGUGCCAAGCCACCUGCUACCCCUCAGGAGUCCUCCGAGGAGAGGAUGCGGCAGACCAAAGAGCGCCUCGGCCGCCUCUUUGUUGCCAACGAACGCCGCUGCGCCCGUGCUGUGCUCUAUGGGGCCGACCUGCUGCAGGCCUGCUGCGUGUGUGACGCUGCUCGGGCCGCUUCCACCUCCUCUGGCCCCAGCAGGUGGAGGUGGGUAGGCAGGGAAAGCUGUCUGAGGGCCCUGCACACCUGUGUGUCUACGGUUUCCCAACUGCAGUCAGCGCUGCACACCAUCCAGGACUUGGAGUCCAGUAGACACCUGACGGAGAGGUUGUGGUCGGUGGUCCCGGUGGCAGUAGCUCCACCCCCAUGCUUGUAUGCGUCCAAUCCCCCGCCUCGGUUCACCCUGGAGCAGAAGUUGUUCCGGCGGCAACUGCAGGAAGCGGCUGCCCCUCACAAUGCAGAUAUCCGCCGCCUGGCAUCCACCGGCCUCCACCAGUUUCCUGACUUGCAGCUCCUGCAGAUGGACUCAGGCAAGCUGGAGGCCCUGGCCGUGCUGCUCCACAAGCUGCGGUCAGAGAACCGGCGUGUGCUCAUCUUCACCCAGAUGGUCCGCAUGCUCGACAUCCUGGAGGCCUUCCUCAACCAUCGGCAGCUCACAUACGUGCGACUGGAUGAGAGCCUGCCUAUGGAGGAGCGACAGGAGCAGAUGAAGUAUUUCAAUAGGAAGAGGCGGGUAUUCUGCGCCAUCCUCACCAAUCGCUGCUGUUCUGCUGUGGGCCACGUGUUUGAUGCCGACACCAUUGUCUUCUAUGACACGGACCUGAACCCGAGCAUGGACGCUCGCACGCAGGAGUGGUGCGACAGGAUUGGCCGGUCCAAGGACAUUCACAUCUACCGGUUGGAGAGUGGCAACUCCAUUGAGGAGAAGUUACUAAAGAACGGCACGAAGGACUUGAUCCGCGAGGUGGCCGCCCAGGGCACGGACUACACAGUGGCCUUCCUCACUCAGCGGACUAUCCAGGACCUUUUUGAGGUGGAGUCUGGCACAGGGGAGAAGGUGGAGGAGUUUGUGGUUCUGCACCAAGAACCAUCACCUUCGGAAGCCAUCUCCCCCCGUGUGGCACGCCCCUACAUUCAGGCCCUGAACAGCAUUGGGCAGGAUUCCCCACAGGAACUGGGGAACGAGGGCGAUAGCAUGGGAGAGGAGGAGCAGGAGGCAAGGGGAAGGGGAAGGGAUGAUUUUUCGCGGAUGGGCGAGUUGGCAGCAGUCAUAGAACAGCUGACCCCAAUUGAGAAAUACGCCCUACAGUAUCUGGAGUAUCUGCACAUCAGCGAAGAUGAGGAACGGGCUGCACAGGUGCACGCGAAUUCUGUGAAGCAAAACUGGGAGGUUGAAAAUCUGCAGAAAAUGAAGGCUGAUGAGGAAGAGCGAAUGAUCCUGGAGGAGGAGGAGGACCUCUUCACUUACACUCGAGAGGACGCCUAUAACAUGGAGUACGUCUUUGAGGAGGAGGAUGGGCAGACUGAAAUCAUGCCGCUGUGGACUCCACCAACGCCCCCUCAGGACGACAACGACAUCUAUAUCGACUCAGUCAUCUGCCUCAUGUACGACACCACGCCCAUGCCGGAGUCCAAGCUGCCUCCAGUCUACAUCCGCAAGGAGCACAAGCGGCUCAAGAUGGAUCCUUCUGCCGCGGGCCGAAAGAAGAAGAAGGGCCACGGGGAGGUGGUGAUCCCACCGCGCUCACUCUUCGACAAGCCCAGCAUGCUGAAGGUGCGCCGUGAGGGCAAGGACCAGAAGAAGAACUUUUCCCUUAAGCAACAGGCUCCCUUCGCCAAGCCACUGCCCUCGCUGGCUAAGCCUGCCACUGAGGCGGGCCAGGACAGCCCAGAGUGGCUCAUCAGUGAAGACUGGGCCUUGCUUCAGGCUGUGAAACACCUCUUGGAACUCCCCCUAAACCUCACAAUUGUGUCUCCGGCCCACACACCCAACUGGGACCUAGUCAGCGAUGUGGUCAACUCCUGCAGCCGCAUCUACCGCUCACCGAAACAGUGCCGCAACCGCUACGAAAACGUCAUCAUCCCCCGGGAGGAGGGCAAGUUGGUGUAUGAAGCAAACCCCAAGAAAAAGACAAAAAGCAUCUACAAGUCCAAGAACAGCCGCCCGCUGCGCACCUGUCAGAUCUACAGCCAGGAUGACAACGCCACACAGGUGCAGCUGUAUAACAGCCGUUUUGAGUUAAUGAAGAUGAUCGCGAGCAAGAGGAGCCCCCCCAUCAAACCGCUGCUGGGUAUGAAUCCCUUCCAGAAGAACCCGAAGCACGCCUCCGUCCUGGCAGAGAGCGGGAUCAGCUAUGACAAGCCCCUCCCCCCUAUUCAGGUGGCUUCCCAGCGUGCUGAAAGAAUAGCCAAAGAAAAGAAGGCUCAGGCCGAGCAGCACCGAGCUCAGCAACAGCAGCAGCAGCAACAGCCAGGGGCACCGCAGGCACAGGCUGCACUUCCCCAAGCUCAAACCCAGCCCCAGGCCCCUGCUGCCAGCCAGCCUGCACCUCAGGGUGUCCCGCAGCCACAGGCCGUAGCUGCAGCGCCUGCCGUGCCAAACACUGCCGUCCUGGCAGGCGCUAUAAAGACUGCCACAGCGGGGACCACCAUCCAAACAGCUACGGUGAGUGGCAACGUCAUCGUGAACACGGUGGCUGGGGUCCCACCCAGCCCUUUCCAGGCCAACAAGCGCCUGGCCUCCCCCAUAAUCCCUGGUGUGAUGGCGCCUGCAGGGGGUGCCGGAGCCCAAGUGGUUCACACACAGCAGCGGGCUGUCCCUGCCACUGCCGCCCCCACUGAGGUGGUCGCCAUAGCGACAGGCCAGGGCGUCCGAGCGGUGACUCCGGCCACAGCCCCAGCCGUCGUGUCCACCAGCCUAACGCCGGUGCAGACCCAAACUCGCUCUCUUGUCACACCGGUCGCUCCAGCAGCUGCAGGGAUGCAGUUGGCUCAGGGGAAGCAGAUCACCCAGGCCCACCUGCAGAUGCUGCGCCAGCAGCAGCUCCAGCAACAGACGGGGUCUCCACAGAUCAAGGCAGUGGGCAAGCCCCAGGAGAUUCUGAAGCUGCAGAAGCACAAGUUGCAGAUGGUCCAGCAACAGCAACAGCAGCAGCAGCAGGUGGCAGCGGCCGUGGCGGCGGCCGCUCAGCAGACUCAGCAGACAGGACAGUCGCAGGCAUCUGCGCAGGCCACACAGCCCAGCCCCCAGCUGACCGCUGUGGCUGCCCCACGGGCCGGAGCGGUGCUCACUGCCCCCACCGUGGCCAAUCUGCAGGUGGCACGGCUGACACGAGUGCCAGGUCAGGGACAGAUCCAGGCCACAGCGGCUCAGACAGCCCAGGUGACUCUGACCAAGGCCUCUGUUGUCUCUAUGCCUACGGUGGUCUCCUCACCCGGGGUGAUUAGCGUGUCUGGGAUCAGUGUUCCUCAGAAACCAGGUGGGCAGGUGGUCACACACUCCUUCCAGCAAGUGCCGAUGCAGCAGCUGAUGCAGAUGAAGAAGCAACAGCAGCAGCAGGUGGCUGCGCAGCAGAAAGCAGUGCAACCCCAGCAAGCACAGGCAGCUGCGCAGCAAAAGCUGACCACCCAACAGGUGACUGUGCAGACAUCACAGCCAGCCCAACAGCAGCAACAGAAGGUGACCUAUGCAACAGCGCCUCAGCUCCAGCCAGGCAUCAAAACCCAGUUCUUCACCACGUCCAUCGCUCAGGCACAGAAGCCUGCCGGAGCGCAGCAGAUCCAGGUUGCUAAGCUGCCCCAGAUAGUGCAGCAGCAGUCCACUGUGGCCAACAUCCAGCAGAUAGUGUCCGCCCCACAGCAGAUCCAGGCGCAGGCUCAGACGGUGUCGCUGUCCCAGCCGACGGCCCCCGCAGCCCAAAGUCAGGUGCAGGUGCUCCCCGCGGCCACCUCGCAGGUGGUGCAGCAGAAGCUGCUGCAGCAGCAGGUGGCGACAACAGUGGCCGCAGGUUCUCCACAGGUGCAGACUCCACCUCCUCACAGCCCAGCCCCACAGCAGGCACCCGCGGACCCCCCGGCGCAGCAGCAGGCCAAGGGCCAGGCCCGCACCACAGCGGCCGUGAGGGUCAAACCACCUGCCAAGCCCAGCGGUGGCACCUAGUGAACACGGCACCACCCUCCUCCACCUGAGCUACUGGGGAACCCGACACUACUUCCUGGCCCACGCACUCCUCCAGACUAUGAACUUGGAGGAAUGGAGCCAUCUCGUCGUUUCUUCUCUUUAAAUUCAGAGAUGGUGUUGCCAGGACGUGGAGUUCAGCCCCUAAAUCUGUGUGGCACUGUGCACCCUGGUUUUACCGCUGGGAGGGAUUCGGGCUCUCGAGUUGCUGAACAGAUGCACCAGCUGUUUCGUCUUAUUCCUUAUGUUAGCUACCUUUUCACCCACACAGGGAGCGUCUUGAUGGUAAUCAACAUUUGAAUGUCAAUCUCUGGCCACGAAGUGAGGUUCUCCUUUAAAGACCUCGAGAUAGACAGGCUGUCAGUGAAGGUAUGAGGAGAGCAAAAGGCACCUUCCCCUAUCUCCACUCUGCCCUGAAGUUGGUGUUAUGACAAGUUUCCUCUCUAACAUUUUUCAACCCCUUUCUGUGUCUAUCACUGUGAAUACUGUUCCUUUUUUUAAAAGCAUAAUCAUUUUGUAUAUAAAAAUCAUAUUAGUGCUGUCACUGCAGAGCGACAGCAUCUGCGUGUCCCAGGAAGUCAUCUGUGUUUGGAGUACUUGUGUGCAUCAGAAAGUGAGUUUAUAGACUCUACUGUUUUGUUGUUUUUUGACAGUUCCUUCCACUGCUGCUCAGUGCUUCUGUUGGUAUUUUCUAAACCUCAGUCCCCCCGCCCCCCUUCCCAGCUCUUCCCACAGACAGUGGAGAUGCUGCAUGGAUCUGCUAUAUCUCCUUCCUGCUCUAGUUCACUUUCCUUGCUUAAAAAUAGUUGUAUUCCCAAUGCGCGCACACAUACACAGUUGGACGAAGGAAAACUGAAGUGUUAUUUUUUUCCAGCCAUCAUUUAAUAUCACUGGUGUCUUUUGUAACAUAAACAUGUAAAAUGUUGUUGUAAAGUAUCUUCAGUGUUUGUUUUUUUUCAUCACAUGUAUUUUACCAUGUCAUGGAGAACUCUGUAAAUAAGCGGGGGAGGCAUUUGUACUUGUAUAGUAGUUGUGUUUUCAUUAAGCUUUUUCCCUUCUGGUCUAACUGUAAUAAAGUUUUUGUGUUUUUAUUUUUUAUUUUUUAAAAAAAAAUAUAUACCUAACUUAUCUUCCGUAUGUGACAUCGGCCACUUGCAAGGAAUGGAAGUGCUUCUGUAUUGAGUAAGAAGGGGGAUUGGAGUUUUAUGAGGCAGAACUUCAACCUCUUCUUGGAGAAGUGAGCCAUAAAACUACACACAUUUAGAAAUUUGGUUUCUUCCAACCACUAUGUGCCCUAUUAUUGACUGCAACCUUUUCAUUUGUUUCGGUGCUUUUCUCCAAAAAGACACGCUACAGCUGUGCAGUAGAGAAACCGCUUUAGACACAGGAUUAUGGCUACAGGUUCUGACUCCACUAACUCCUCUAACAGUCACAUUGAAAUAGCAAAUACAUAGGUAAUAACACAUGGUGUUAGACUCAUUGAUAGAGCUAGCAGGAGGGGAAUGGCUCUCAAAAGGAUGUGUUCUUAAUCCCCCUUCUAGGCGGGAGGGAACUCCUUCCAUGAUGUUGGGGACAAAACUGAGCACCUGUGCACUUUUGAUUUUGGAGCCCUUGUCAGUGGGGCUACCAAGUGGCCGGUGGUGGAGGAACAUGGUGCGCUUGCUACGCUGUAAGGUCCUGUAUGAUUUGAGGUGUGGAUCCUUUCACUGUCUUUUAGGCUGUAACCAGAAUGUUGAACUUGGUUUCUGGACAAAAAGGGCUUUUAUCCUCCUCCAUACUCAGAUUCUUAAAUGUUGUAACAUUAAGUAAAACAUUUUUAAAAUCUCAAAACUUCACCACAUGGAAGAUAUCUGUGUGAAUGCAGCUUGUACUAAAUUAUACUGAUUUAGUUAUUCACAAAUGGAGGAAAGUACAUCAUUAACCCUGUGAGAACCAAGCACUGAUUUAAUUUCUGGGAAAGUGCUCUGUCUAAACCUGUUUUCACAGAGACCGCAGUGACUUUGAGUGAAAUGAAAAAAAGAAAAAACCUUGAUGAAAGUUAAAACCUUUGCACGUAGGAAAUAAACCAGAGCGUGAACGAAGUUGAGGAGCCAUCUUACCUCAGUUUUGCUUUCAUAAUUCUCAGAUGGUCUAAUGCACCCUGACCUGCAGUCCUCAUUUGCUUCAUAACAUUUAGAAAAACCAAUGGGAUGUUUUAUGACCAUAGAACUUUGUUCCAGUUGAGUUGGCUGCAUAUUGUUUGAGUAGAACUUGAAGUUCCAAUGGGACCACUGUCCCCACAGUGAACCAUCACAACUGAUUUGGAGGUGCUGACCUGCAUCCCGCCCGUCCCACUCAGCUACGAGCCACUCUAGCAGUGCUGAAGAUCACAUCACGAUGAAGCCAAAGGAACAAAACCAUCAGCAAACAACAGGGAUGAAAUCCGUUUCCUGACUGACCCUUGAUCUGAUGUCCUUAAACAUCGCAAACAAGGAGCUGAGAAGACCCACCUUUGCAGAUGGUGAUUAUUUUCAGGGCACAACUUUGGGUCUUCUUCAGGACGGCAAAGCUCAAGGUGCUUCAAAUCCCACAACCCUCCAGUGAGAGCGGUGAGUUGGUCCACUGUUCCUGGACCAGAACGAAACCCACGCUGUCCCUCCUGAGUCUGAUGCUCCGUGGUUGGCCGUUGCCUCCUCUCCAGGACCCUGGAACCCCUCGGUAGUUAGAUCGCAUCAUCUGGUGGCACAUCAUCGGGGUGGGAGCACCAGUCAGUCCAGAGCUCCUGUCCCAGCCCUCCACACGAUGUCGAAGAACUCGAGACCCAACGAUGCCCAGGACUUCCGGUGUUUCUGGAGGAACCUCAUCCAUCCCGUGUCCCAGCUGCAGCUGAAGGAACCUCGACUCGAGACAUGGACCCCGAUGCUUCAGAAGCCUGCAGCAUUAA